AGGCAGCAGCAGGAGAGGGGCUUUGCCAGAAAGAGAUGGGAUGCAAGAGAGGGCAGGGAAUGGUGAGGGCUGCCAGGAUGCUGAGAAAUUAGAUGCCUAACAAUGCUGGGGUUCAUCCAGCACCACAGCCUUGUCUCAAAGGAUGGAGGGUGGCUGGUGCCUGGGAGAGCUGGAUCUGGCUGUGUUCCGCUCUCCUGGACAGGAACAUAUAAUCUCCCACUUACCAGCACCAGGAAGGGAAGGUGAGCUCUGUACCGGUGAUGUUUGUGGGUGACAUUCAGCAAAGACUGGUGGGGGGUAACUUCCCAAUUACUUGGUGCUGUGGGCUUGCCUGAGCCUCACUGUUCUCUGUUCCAUGCAGAGUCACGCGCCCCACAGCACAGAGUGAUGGUGACAAAUGCAGGCAAGGGAUUCGAUCUUUUAAUGAUAUGACACUAGGAGGAUCUCACAGGUCCAGGGUGCCCAGCACAGCUCUUACCAAAUUCAAAACCCACCUGGACACGACCCUGUGUGAUCUGCUCUGGGUGAACCUGCUUUAUCAGAACCAGGAUCCCACCCGAAUGAAGGGAGAACAGCCAGGAUGAUGGCCAAGGAGAUCUCGGAGUGUAUGGAGAAAUCUUCAGGCAAAGGGAUGACGAUCCUGACCACUCUUGGAGACUGACAUUAUUAACCAAAGAGUUUCCGGCAGCAUGGCCGCCAUGGGGAAGGAGAGGCGGGAGCAGAGGCCCAGCACUCCGAGGCCACGGUGAGGGCCGACAACUCCCAGCGAAGGCAUCAGAUCUGAACAAAAGAUGAAUUUUAACGUCUGGAAUAUCAAAGAGAUGCUGAGCACGCCGACAGCCGCCGGGCCUAACAAGCUUUCCAUGCGGAGCAGCUCUCACAGCGACUACUCCAGCCUGAGCGAUUCUCAGCUGCUCUUCGGCUCCCAGUUCUGCCCGGAGAACGUGCAGUCGGCAGCGGCGCCGCUGGAGCUGGGCACCCAGUUGGGACAACACAACUCCCAGGACAGCGAGCCCAGUAUUUUUACCAAAUACCAGACAAAACCACAGUUAUUUGAUGAAGAGCCAAAAGAAAAAGGUUCGCUUAAUUUUGGUGCAGGAAGAGUGAAAAGUGUCUUGGAAAAUUUUGAAGUGAAUAGGAACAAAAUAAAGGACAAAUAUGAUCGUGAGGUUUUAAGCACCUUUAUUUCCAAUGUCAAAGACAAGCUUCAAGGGCUGCAAGCAUGCUUGGACAAGUUUGGAGAAAUGUUCGAUUCGAGAAACAAAACCAUUUUAGUUCACCUAGAGACCAUUUCCAAGACAUUGCAAGAUGCUCUUCAAAGUCACUGUGACUCGACGCUGAAAGCUCUGACAGAUAAAAGCCAAAUGGAGCAGGCGCUGCUGGAAAUGGAGAGGAGACUUGCAGCCAAAGAUGCAGAGAUUUUGGAUCUGAAAUCCAGCAUCCAGCUGCUGAAGGAGAGUCUGGAAUCGCUGCCAGCUCAGCUGAGAGAUCAACACCUGAAGCUGUGUGAAGAACAAGGGUUCCUGAAGGUCCCUAACGCCUUAGCUGAGCUGCACACCUUCAUUUCUAGUGCCAGAUCUGCCCCACACACGGCAGAUAACUCCUCCCAGACCUCGCCCGGCCCGUGCUGGGAUGGUGUUCGGGGUGAGGAGGACGUGCACUGGCCGUGCUGCCGAGGCUGGGGGAUUUGCAGCUCCCGGGGCUGGUCUCAGCCCCACUGCGUGACAGCGGGGGAGCAGCAGGGACAGUCCCCCGUGGGGAACCAGGUCACCAGGGAUGGCAAACCUGGGGGUGACCUGAACACGCCUUCAGGAGGGAAAGCCAGCCCCACCACUGCAGCCAUAUGCAACAGAGAAAACACCUCUUUGCAGGAGGAGAAAGACAGUUUGGAAACACAGAGCUGUGCUAAUCACCCUUGUGUGUGCUGCUCUAACAGUCACAUUUUGGGAGGAAGCCAGAAGAAAUGCUGUCCUGUACCACAGGAGCUGCCUCUCCCAACCCCGCUGAGGAAGGCGGUCAGGAGAGGCACUCGAGGGUUUGACGCCGUGAUGCUGCCACAACAGAGGCAGCCUCAAGUUUGUCACCUUUCCGCACCAAAAGAUACGCUGGGCCAAAGAAACAAUAACCUGUCCACAGACUGUGAGGUGGAGAAUGCAGCUGUAGGGAACAAAGCAAAACAGUGGCCGGGAAGGAUCCCCUGGAAUAAAGUGAUGAUGGGGAAGAAAACGUGUCACGCUAUGAGAAAAGGCGAGCUCUCUCGAUGUGCUGACGGGCUGAAGCAAAGGAAGGCAAACGGGAUUAUUGAGCUGGAAAGCUCCAGAAAAAAUUGCUUUCCCAGAUACAUGGUUGCUACCACUUUGGGAAGCUCUAACCCGGGUUUUGCAGCUCCCAAUCCGCAGAUCCUCAGCAGUGCUCAGCCGAGGCUUACGAAGAACUUCCCACCAGUGCCACGCUCCAAUAAAAGCCUGCAACAACUUGCAGAAAAAAGAAAGAAAAGUUUGGAAAUUAAAAAAAGAGCAAAUGUUUCCAGUCUAAAAAGGAAUUUCUGGGAUUCUUCUCCCCAGGAGAAUAUAUUUACCCUGCGUAGCACGACAGGCGAAAGCCAGGUGAGCUGCUUCACUCUCCGCAGUCCUGCAACCUCCGAGGAACCACAUCCUGGCAACACGCUGGCUCAGCAGAACACGGCCUGUUGCUCUUUAGUUUUUGACAGUGAUUAUUCCGACUGAGGGGGUUUGUUUUGUGUUCGGGGUAGUCAGCACAGGCUUGGCCAGCUCAGUCACAGUUUAUUCCUCUAGAUGUGUUACCUGCUUGGUCAGAGACAAGGCUCGCACCUGGGUGCUCGAAAGUGUUAUCGCCCACCUCGAUACGUCAUAAGGGACACGGUGGGAUCUGAGGGAAGCUCUCCCCAGCGUGGAAAGCUGAUGGGAGCUGUGUUGCUUUGCCUCCCAGAAGAGAUGCUGGAGGCUCUAGUUGUGUUUCCACAGCAGAGAAUCAGCUGUGGAGUCUGCUGAGACAUUCCCCGGGCUGGAAAGGGCUGGCAGGGCACAGCUAAAGCACAUUUAGCACUGAGAUUUACUUGAAACUUUUCCACUGCAUAGAUGUAACAAUAUCUCUGUGGCCAGAGGCUUUACUCUGUUUCUCAGCUGUAGUUUCUAUGUUGGUUUUUAUGUCUAAAAGUUCAGGUUUUUGGCUCCCUAGGCAGCGGGAGUGUUGUUGUAGCUGAUUUCAAUAUGGUUCAGAUGUGUCUCGGGACUUGUUUGUGAGCUUUGGACAGGGAGAGGUUUAGCUAAGGAAAGCUAUAACCCAGCAUCUCAGGUUCUCCGGUUUCAGAAAAUUAUUUUGUUUUUCUCUUAUUUGUCUCAUGUAUCUCUUAACAAAUCAAGAGAAUUCUCCAACAUACAGUUUUCAAGGGCAGUGGUUCUCAAACAGAAGCCAAAAUACAUGAUGGUCACAUUCAGCAGGUGAAGUCACUGAGGGAUAGUUCUUGUCCUUUUGGAACCUGCACCUCUCUACUGGGGAGUCACUCCAAAAUUUCCAAGCCAGGAAGGACCAGGCUGCUCACCCAGCCUGGCGGACACAGCAGCAAGGUCGCUGCGCAGCCCCGGUUCCACAGAGCCACUCAUUUCAGGGUACCCAGCUGUGCCUGGCAGCUCCCACUGCUUCACCUAUUUGCAUCACAUUUCAUUUUUCAUCUGUUACUGGCAAAAGAAGCAUUUCAGCGUUGAGAAAGCAAGUUGAUUGCCAACAAUCCAACCAGUCCAGCAUUGUCCACCCAAGGGGGAAGACUGGGAUCCCUUUUUCCUGGCUUUAAUAAACUCAUUGUGUUUUCAGCAAA